UGUGACGAAGACAGUUUUCCGAGCAACUGCUUCUCGCUUCGUACGGAGUCAGUUUUCCUAAGCACGCCUUGCUGCACAAGUCCACCUAGUUUUCGCACGGUAUUCAAGCAAGUUAGCUGAGUGAAAAAGUGUUAGCUGCAUCAGAAGUUGCCGGUGAAGAGCUAUUGUUGGAAUCGUACACAACAAUUGAUUGAACAUGGCAGUCAACGUUUACUCGACGAACGUCACGACAGACAACCUCUCGCGGCAUGACAUGCUGUCGUGGGUGAACGAUUGUCUGCGAUCGCAAUUUACCAAGAUCGAGGAACUAUGCACCGGUGCCGCCUAUUGCCAGUACAUGGAUAUGCUAUUUCCCGGUUCCGUACCAAUGAAGCGUGUGAAAUUUCGCACUAAUCUCGAGCACGAAUACAUCCAAAACUUCAAAAUCCUGCAGGCCGCUUUCAAGAAGAUGAAUGUCGAUAAGAUAAUUCCAAUCGAUAAACUAAUUAAGGGUCGCUUCCAAGAUAACUUUGAAUUUUUGCAAUGGUUCAAAAAGUUCUUCGACGCAAACUAUGACGGUAGAGAGUAUGAUGCUUUACUAGCGCGCGAUAACCUACCGAUGGGUUUGGGUUCCGGUGCGGGUGCACCGAAAGGUAACGGCGUUUCGGCCGUUGUACCGCCGCGUAAAAUGGCAAUCGGCACUACCGCACCACGUGAUAGAAUCAAACCGAUAUCCAAAGUUGCACCCACCCGACAGAUGGUGCAGAGUCCGCCGAGCCGAAUUGGAGGUGGCGUGAAUGUAAAUACGAGCAAAUCGUCCUCCCAGAACAGCGUAACGAAUCAGCAGAUUGAGGAGCUUACCGCACAAAUGAACGACAUGAGAUUAAACUUUGAAGGGCUGGAAAAGGAGCGCGAUUUCUACUUCAGCAAAUUGAGAGAUAUCGAAAUUCUCUGUCAAGAUGAUGAACAAAGCCAGAGUCCUUUCGUUCAGAAAAUUCUAGAGAUCCUUUACGCGACGGAGGAUGGGUUUGCGCCACCGGAUGAAAUACCGCCCGAGGAAGAGGAAUAUUAAGCUGAGCCGCGGCAUAUGUGGCCACGCUUGUCGAAUCAUUGCGCUCCUGUCGGCGGAGUAAAGAUGAUUGCUUUCGCUAAUGUGUGUAGUUCAUUUUCGCGCUUAGUGAUCAAUUGUAUCGGAAGGACACGUUGAGACGAAACAUAUAGUAGAAUAAGAAGGAACGAAUGAAAAUAGCAUACACGCAGAUGCAGAGUGCUGUGCGCAUCCCAAAGCAAAACACGAAGGAUGGCAAGGAAGUGAAGGCCACGUAAUUGGCGAUGUUGUGUUAGAGAAGGAACAUGAUUUCUGCGGACUUCACGUAAGAAAAAAACAAAGUUGGUAUCGGUAAAUUAUUAAAACUAUUCAUUUAAUCUACUUCACACAUACACACGCGUUUGUUGGAAGCAAUAGAUAUUUAAUCGCGCUGAAAGCGUAAGUGUGCGUUUCAUGAUCGGUUAUAACUCAGCGAUUGUUGACGGCAAAAUAGAGACACAGAGAUUACAACGAGUAUAUGAAGAAAAAAAUGCAGAAGGAUGGGUUAAAUCGAGAAUAAUGAGAUAUAAAAAGACAUUGAAUGCUGCUCAUCGCCUGAGUGCACGGAUACUACUACUUCUCGUCAAUUUUUCUUCGUUGGCCAAACUUGAGUGUGUGUAUCCUCCAUUUGUGUACUAUGUAUCUUUAAACCUUGAACCUCAACAGUUUAGCGCUCUUCGAAAAACAGAAAUUGUUUCCCUAUUCAAUGUGACUAACUCAAAUUGACGCUAAAAAGAGAUCCCUUACAAUGUAAACUUAAUUAUUAAAACAAAACUGAAAGUAUGAAACAAAACAAAUGCAGAAGAAUGUUUUUCGGCGAGAGGACUUCAUUGCACGAUUGGACGGCAUCAUUAUUAUAUAUGGCCCGCAGGCAAUGUGCAGUGGCGCAGGCUGAAUGAUGAAAAGAAGUAAGAUUAAUAUUUGGAAGACAAUGAACGGCAGGAGCAUUUGUGGCAAUCACGCUAAAUUGCCAAUAAAAAUAUAGUAAGGUGCAAAAUAAUUCGAAUAUUAUUUUUAUGCAUUAACGCCCUUCGUUUUACCUUCGGUUUGAGUUGAACUAUAAAUGGUAAUGCGACAAUGUGAAUGAUUUCCGCAAACGGUGGAUACUGUUGUGAAUUUUAAUUGCAACUUUUGUUUAGAUGAAUAAUGUGGCAAAUAAUUAGCUUUGUCUAUAUUUUUGUAUUUCCAUUCAUCAUCGAAAUACAGCCGCUACCAGUAUAUGAAAUUAUUGAACUAUCUUCUGGAACGUUAAUGGUGCGUGUGUGUGUGACCGCUUUUCACUAAUUCGUAAGAUGGUGAAGAAUGUUUAAAUAACGAAAAACGAAGCGAUGAACGAAGCAAAGCAAAGGUUGAACAGUACUGUAGAAAACGAUUACUAUUUUAUAGGUAUAAUAGCUCAAAUGCUCUUCUGUUACAUAGCUAUCAAAGAACAAAAAAAAACGGAUGAAACAGAAGCAGAAAAGCAACAACCAACAAGUAAUGUGAUUUGUGCAGCAACACACACCCGCAAUCGUUGGAAUAAAUUAUACACAAGAAAAGAGAACGUUAUUAUACUUCGAAGCGUUACCGGGUGUUGAUGUGAAAGUUGUGAAAGGAAAAACAUGAUUGUUUUCUUAUCAUCAAAGCCCGUCGUCGUAUACAGGCAGUUAACAUGAGCGAGCAUAAUUUGAUAAUUUAUUAUUUUUUUUACGUCAGACGUCUGCUCGGUUCGAUAAUUUAGUUCCGUUCGUGUCGGACAUAUUGUCAAGACAUAGGCGAAAGCGACCAAUAAUAGUCACAAUAUAGACGCAUUUAAAGAUACAAAUUCUAAUUCAGAGGACAUACGAACUUUAUGUACGUGUGUUCUUGCCACAUGUCACAGAUGGAAGUUAGGCAUUGCAUUUGCUUUUUUUAUUAUUCAAUCAACCAAUUGUGUAUUGCGUUUUAGUCCUUUUUUCCACAAUCCUUUGAAGUACGAAUGACUGCACAUUUGUGUCAGUUUUAACUAAUGUAACACUUGAUAAUAUGCUCUCAAUGCAAACCUUUUCUUUCUCUUUUUUUUUGUUUUAUACUUGAAAAUACAAAAAGAAGCUAAACAUACGAGAA